CUCGGAACCUCUGCCUCUCUUCAACAAUGAGAAAUUUCUCCAACACGCUCCCUAGGAUAUUCUGAACUCUUGGGAAUUGGAUAUUCUGAGGGGUUAAAGUCAAGAAAGGGGCUGGCUUUAGGAGGAAAUUGGGUCUUUUGUACAGGGAUGGGGCCAAAGCAGGUGAUAUCACAAUGGGCACUGCCCAUCCUGGAAAGGAAGCUGGGAGGGGUAGAAGCAGGAAAGCUGCAGGGUCCUCCAAAAGGGAGUCACAGCAGCUAGGGCCACCUUCCAGGCUGGAGGUGUGGGCUGGAGGUGAAAGGGUGGUCACUGAUGUCCAGCAGGAGUCAUUGAUAGGCAGAGUCCACUGCAGCAUCCCUGAGACCCCACCAUGUUCCUCUUCUCCCGGAAGACCAAGACCCCAAUCAGCACCUACAGUGACUCCUACAGGGCUCCGACCUCCAUCAAGGAGGUCUAUAAGGACCCACCUCUGUGGCCCUGGGAAGCCAACAAGUUUGUGACCCCAGGCCUGACUCAGAGUAUGCAUCGCCAUGUGGACCCUGAGGCCCUGCAGAAGAUGGCCAAAUGUGCUGCACAGGAGUAUACCCACAAGCAUUCCCUAUCAGGCCACCCCUACUUACCUGAGAGAUACUGGCUUUCUGAAGAUGAAGAGGACGAUUGCUGUACAAGCUACCUGGACAAUGACUGGUACAACCCAUGGAUGACAGGUCCACACAACAACUACUGGAACAAGUACACCACCUGUCUUCCCCCGCUGCCUAAGGAUGCCAGGGUGGAGACAGUAGUGAAAGGAAAAGAAAUGCCGCUGGAGUACCCUCCUAAGCCGGAGCGCCUCAACGCCUACGAGCGCGAGGUGGUGGUGAACAUGCUGAACUCGCUGUCCCGGAACCGGACGCUGCCACAGAUUGCGCCCCGCUGCGGGUGCAUGGACCGUCUGCGAGGCCGCCUGCCGUUCCAGGGAUACGGAAGCGCUUGCUGCGGCCGCCACUACUGUCUGCGCGGGAUGGACUGCUGCGGCACCGCGGAGCCCAGCGCAGAACGCCACCUGCGGCCUCUCUGCCCUGAGCUACCGACUGUAAGGGGGGUCUCAACCUGCGGUCCCCGGCCCGGAAUGCAAUGUGCUUUUACAACUCCCCUGCCAUCAUAUUACCCAUUUCCCAACCUUAGAUGGGACACAAGUCACUUUAAGAAGACUGGUGGUCCCCAGAGAAACAACUAUGUCGUUCAUCCUGAGUUUGUGUCUGAGACCUAUCCUGUCUACCAUUCCUGGUAAACCUUUGACCAGGCCAAGGGAAGAGGUGGAACAAUAAACUCUUCG